AUGACGGGCGGAAAGGCGAUAGAGGGCGGAAUGACGGGCGGAAAGGCGAUAGAGGGCGGAAUGACGGGCGGAAAGGCGAUAGAGGGCGGAAUGACGGGCGGAAAGGCGAUAGAGGGCGGAAUGACGGGCGGAAAGGCGAUAGAGGGCGGAAUGACGGGCGGAAAGGCGAUAGAGGGCGGAAUGACGGGCGGAAAGGCGAUAGAGGGCGGAAUGACGGGCGGAAAGGCGAUAGAGGGCGGAAUGGCGGGCGGAAAGGCGAUAGAGGGCGGAAUGACGGGCGGAAAGGCGAUAGAGGGCGGAAUGGCGGGCGGAAAGGCGAUAGAGGGCGGAAUGACGGGCGGAAAGGCGAUAGAGGGCGGAAUGGCGGGCGGAAAGGCGAUAGAGGGCGGAAUGACGGGCGGAAAGGCGAUAGAGGGCGGAAUGGCGGGCGGAAAGGCGAUAGAGGGCGGAAUGGGAGGGGGAGAUGGUGGAAGAGGGCGGAAUGACGGGACGGGGGGGGGGGGAGGGAGGUUAUGCUAUAGGGGGAAGGGAGGUGAGUUCAGUGGGGGAAGGGAGGUGAAGUCAGAUGGGGAAGGGAGGUGA